AUGUCUGAAAUCGCAGAUAAAAAUAAAAAACGAAACGCUGAAAAUUACGAAGAAUCCAUUGAUAAACGAUCAAGUGAAUCUGGUUUACUAAAAAAUAACCAAGAACACUUAAGCAAACGCCAAAGAGUUGAGGGAAUAGAUAAUAAUCCUUAUCUUGCUCACCGCCAACUUACCAAAAGUCCUCUUGAUGGAUGGUUUCCAGGAAGAACUACCGCUGAACAAGCUCGAAUAGCCGAAGAUGGUGAUAUAAAUCCCUUCACAAAUAAACCAUUUAGUAAGCGAUAUCGUGAACUUUUAAAAGCUCGCCGAACCUUACCAGUACACGCUCAACGAAAGGAAUUUCUUGAUCUGGUUCAUGAGAACCAAUUUGUUGUAUUUGUCGGUGAAACUGGCUCUGGGAAAACGACACAAAUUCCGCAAUUUUUAUGCUAUGAUAUACUUCCACAUUUGAAAAAAAAACAAAUUGCAUGCACACAGCCACGUCGAGUCGCUGCUAUGUCUGUAGCUCAACGUGUAGCUGAUGAAAUGGAUUUUAAACUUGGUGAAGAGGUCGGAUACAAUAUCCGUUUUGAAGAUUGUUCGGGACCAAAGACUAUGCUUAAGUAUCUAACAGAUGGUAUGCUUUUACGUGAAGCAAUGAAUGAUCCAAAUUUAGAAAAAUAUUCUGCUAUUAUUCUCGAUGAGGCACACGAACGCACAUUAGCAACUGAUAUUCUUAUGGGUUUAAUGAAGCAAAUUGCCAAAGCACGAAAAGAUCUUAAGGUUAUUGUAAUGAGUGCUACUCUCGAUGCAGAGAAAUUUCAAAGAUAUUUUAAUGACGCACCAGUCCUUACCGUUCCUGGCAGGACCUUUCCAGUAGAGAUUUAUUAUACACCUGAAGCUGAACGUGAUUACCUUGAAGCAGCUAUUCGUACAGUUAUGCAAAUCCAUGAAUAUGAACCACCCGGUGACAUUUUGUUGUUUUUAACUGGUGAAGAAGAAAUUGAAAAUGCAUGCUUAAAGAUUCGCACAGAAAAUGAAGAUUUGAUGAAACGAUCUGAUAUAGGAACACUAAAAGUUCUUCCAUUAUAUUCUUCAUUGCCGCCUCAACAACAACAACGUAUUUUCGAAGAUGCACCACCUCCUCGCGUUAAAGACGGAAAACCCGGUCGUAAGGUUAUUGUAUCAACCAAUAUUGCCGAGACAUCCUUGACUAUUGAUGGUAUUGUCUAUGUUGUUGAUCCUGGUUUCAGCAAACAAAAAGUUUAUAACCCUCGAAUCCGUGUCGAAUCGUUGCUUGUAAGCCCUAUUAGUAAAGCAUCCGCUCAACAAAGGGCUGGUCGUGCUGGUCGUACGCGUGCAGGAAAAUGUUUCCGUCUUUAUACUGAAAAAGCAUUUCUUAAAGAAUUACAAGAACAAACAUAUCCUGAAAUUUUAAGGAGUAAUUUGGCCCCUGAAACACUGAUGCGUGCCCUUGAGCUUCUAAAUUAUCUUGGGGCUCUUGAUGAUGAUGGUAAUCUUACUGGUGAUGGAAUUUUAAUGGCAGAGUUUCCACUUGAUCCUCAACUGGCAAAAAUGUUGAUAGAGAGUCCCAAGUAUAGAUGCUCUAAUGAAAUCCUUUCAAUCGCUGCAUUAUUAUCAGUGCCAAAUAUUUUCGUUCGGCCUAAUGAAUCGAAAAAACAAGCGGAAGAUGCAAAAGGAAAAUUUGCUCAUACUGAUGGAGAUCACUUAACUUUGUUGAAUGUUUAUCAUGCUUAUAAAACUAAUAUAAAUGAUCCGGAAUGGUGUUAUAAUAACUAUCUCAGUGCUCGGUCUUUAAAAUCGGCUGACAAUGUCCGUCAGCAACUCAAACGUAUUAUGGAGCGUUGUGAUCAAGAUUUGAUCAGCACAUCAUUUGAAGACAAAAAUUACUAUACGAACAUUAGGAAAGCUUUGACAGCAGGAUUUUUCAUGCAAGUAGCACAUUUGGAAAAAUCGGGCCAUUAUCUGACAUGCAAAGAUAAUCAAAUUGUUCAACUUCACCCAUCUUCGUCUCUCGGACAUCAACCUGAAUGGGUCUUGUAUAAUGAAUUUGUUCUUACGACCAAAAAUUAUAUCCGUACUGUAACUGAAGUAAAAGCUGAUUGGCUUUUGGAUAUUGCACCAGUUUAUUAUGACCUUCGAAAUUUCCCUAAUUGUGAGGGAAAGAGAGUUUUAGAAAAACAUUUGGCUAGAAGGGCUAGAAGUAAGAAGUAA